AGAGUUUUGGCCUUAGCCUCGCGGUAUGGCUGGCUGGGUCAACGCUCCAAGGAGAGGCGGUGACUCAGGUGGCCAAGCCGUCGAAGGACAGCGCACUGAUUUGUACUUCGCCAGCUUGCCCAACAACUGGACAGAGUCUGAGAUCAAGGAUUUCCACCAAGACUUUGGUGUGCACGAGUCGGAGAUCACGGGCUGCAAGCUCCUCCCGCCGCGGCAUUCAGGCAUUACUAGCCGAGCUGCCAUUGUCAAGUACGCGUCCCACGCAGCUGCGGAGCGCGCGAUGAACCAGUGCCGAGGGGGGCUCAUUAACAUGGAGGUCCGAUACGCGGAGGAGCGUGCUGGCAAGGGAGCGGGCCAGGCGGUCAAGGGCAAGAGCAAGGGAGGUUCCUUUCCCUACAAGGAAGCCGUUCCCGUGGAAGUGGGGCUGAGAGUGCGCAACAGACACAACUCCCAAACCGGCGAGGUGGUUGCAACCAACGGCCGCACGCCUGGCACCUUCAGGGUGCUCAUGGAUAACGGCCAGGAGUGGGAGUGGGAGACGAAGAGGUUCGUCACUGCAGACGGUUGGGCUCCUCUUCACGAUCGUCAGCAGGUGCCAGCAACCAUCAACAUGCGGAUCAAGUGUUGGAUGGAUAAUCGUACUGGGCGAAUCGCGUACAUCCACAACAUCUGGCCGCAGCGCAUAUGGGUUGAGUUUGAUGAUGGCGAGGAGGGCGAGAAAGAUGUGACCUGGUUCGUCAGUGAGGACACUGAGGACCCGGUUGGUCCUGGCAUGACCAGAAGAGAGUGGUCUAGGUCACAGCCCAACAGCAUGUUGAACUACCAGCGGGAGGCUGCCCAGGUGCCCAAAUAUCAAGGCGGCUACAGCUGGCAGUGGGGGGAUAGGAGGCAAGGCUCCGGCGAGGAGACAAGCCGAAGAAGGGAUUCCUGGGAGACCGGCAAUUGGCGGUCCUCGCAGGAGUCGUGGAAUGAUGGAAAGGGCUAUGGACAGGGUGCAGCGAGAAGGCGCACGGCCCGAGAAGAUGGGGAAUCGGCGGAGAAGUUGGAGGAGGAGGCCAUCAAGGAGGCAUUUGCGCAGCUUGCCGAUGAGAGAAACAACGGCCGGGUUUGGAUCAUCGACUGGCCCAGCCGCUUUCAGCCACAGUUCGGCGAGCUGCGGGAUUUCCUUUCGCGGCAUCCAGACAAGUUUACCGUCAUUCCUCAAGUUGGCCGCAGGUAUACCGUGGCCUUGGCCGGUCAAGAGCCGCCUGCAGAUGCGCCGCGUCAGGCAUGGAAGGCCAAGAAGCCAUCAAUGAAAUGGCAGCGGGCCCAGCAGAAGGACGGCGACACAGCAGGAGGGGGACAUACCUCCGAGCAGUCCCGAACAAGGUCCGCUCGGCGUGGCGACGACGAUCCCGACGCCACAGCCUUCGAUGCUGACGAGGACGAGGCCAUCGAGAUGUAGGCGACACGUUGCCCAGGCCUUCGCGCGAAGCGCCUAGAGAGCCGGCCAUGCCGAGCUCAGUC